GGGGCGUCGGCCGGAGGUGCCCACUGUAGCUCAGGAGCUCAUUUCCGAGAGAGAGCCGCCCCUUGCCCGCCAGGCCCCAAGCCUGCCAGGGGAUGCUUCAGAAGAGGCAGAGGUGCACGCAGAAAGAAGCACAGGGAGGUAUUGCUGUGGGGGAGAUGAGGUGACGAGUGGUUAGGCUUUCGGAGAGAAGAGGAGCCCGCUUCUUGGAAACAGCUCGGCUGAGGAAGUGGGGGGCUGCCGGCUGGUUGCUUCUCGGGGCUAGGUGUUAGCUUUCUGCUUGGCUUUUUUUUUUCUUGUCUACUUUUCAGAAGAUGUGUUUAAAUCCAAAACUGGGUUUACAGCUGAUUUUCUGAGUUCUGGAUACUGGUGGAACAUACUGGGAGAGAUGCUUUUAGGGUGCAGUUUUACAGUCAUUAAAGCUAGUGCUGCCUUCCUGCUCUUCCAUUCCUAUGCCUGUCCCCGUAAUGGCUCUGAUGCUUGUCUGAUUCCUGAAGUUAUUGAUUUAGAAGAGGAGAUUGAGAACCAGGAGUGAAUUUUUGUGAUGAAGAAGAUGGACCCUACUAGAAUUUCAAAAGAACACGCACACUGUGUCAGAACACUUUUUGGACAUCAAGAAAAUACAGAUUUGCAUGAUACAUCCUUUGAAAAUCAAGAAACGAAGUUAAUGCCAGAAUCAUGUAGAAGCAUGAAACAGGCUCUCCAAAGAGCUGUGAAGAAGGAAGUCCAGCAUGUCAUGGGAAGAGCACCACCAAGACCAGAAAAAGCUGCAAUGGAGGCAUUAGGAAUGGAUCUGUACAAGAGAAGCAAACCUGAGAAGCAGCCUUUUGCCCAUCUCAUUAUUGAUGAUAAGAAUAUUCCAUCUGGAACUCGCAAAGUGAACCUCACAUCCUGGCAUCAUGACAAAGGCCAGGCAAACUUAUCAAAUAUGACAUUCAGUGAUGGAAAGCUAAUUGUUAAUCAAGAUGGAUUUUACUACCUUUAUGCCAACAUUUGUUUCAGACAUCAUGAAACUUCAGGAAACCUGACUAAAAGAGGGCUUCAACUGAUGGUGUAUAUGACUAAGACAAACCUUAAAAUAAGGCGCUCUGAUGUGUUGAUGAAGGGAGGAAGCACCAAAUACUGGUCAGGGAAUUCAGAAUUUCAUUUUUAUUCUGUCAAUGUAGGAGGGUUUUUUAAAUUAAAAUCUGGUGAAAUGAUAAGUAUCCAGGUAUCAAACCCAUUGCUACUGGAUUCAUCACAAGAAGCAACUUAUUUUGGGGCAUUUAAAGUAAGGGAUUUAGACUGA